GCCACAUGCAUGCAACCUGGUGCACCGGCGCUGCGUUAGGGUAACGCAGGUCCUGUGUGUGCCCGCCCGGCCGUGCUUUGCACUGUGCACUACGGGCGCAGAGCCCUAAGUUACUUCCUCCCGGUAUCUCCUCCCUAAUUCAUCCCUCAUCAUGUCCGGCGCGGAAGCCUUCGCCGUUCUCGGCCUCAUCUCGUCUGUGAUCGACAUCAUCGAGACGUCUCGACAGCUGUACGACGCCGCGACGAGUGCGGCAGGCCUACACGAGGCAUUUCGAGCAGUGGCCAUCGACGUGCCGCUCGUGCUCAAUAUCCUGCGCGACUGCAAACGCAUACAAGAACAAGCAUAUCGCGAACUGCGGGAGUCGAAAGAUGCAACGCGCAUCCGCGAGCUGUCAGAAUCGGCGCAAGCCGUAGCACCCGUUAUGGAAGCAUGCAGAGAGGACGCGACGAGACUGCGCGCCAUUUUCGACAAAGUCGUGCCGGGGGAGAAGGCGAGUCGGGCGGAGCGGUAUCAAAAGGCCGCGCAGGCCGUGAUGCCGGGCAAGAAGCGGCGGGUGGAGGAGCUGAUGAAGGACAUGUUGGAGAAGCUGCAGCUGCUUCAUACCAAUCAGUUCUUUCGCAUGGCGACGGAGAGUCGCGCCCGCGAUCUGGAUGGCGCGAUUCAGCGGCUGGCGACGUUACCGCCUUCGUUGCCUGAUGGUGCGGCGGGUCGGGUGGAUUAUCAUGUUGCUGGGUCGAUGAAUCUCAACGCUGGCGCGGGGGCACAGAGUGUCUACAGCCAGACUGGCGGGUCAAAUAACAGACAGUUUCACGCGGAGACGAUGAACUUUGGAAAUGAUUAGAUAGAGCGGCUCUAGGGAUGCAAUUAGCAUUGUGUGCUGGAGAGCGACUUGGGUUUGCAUGUGAAUUGGCGCCUGACAUCAUCUUACAUCAGUCUUGUCUGAAACUCUCCCAUCC